AGUGAAUGAGUGAGCUGUGGGUUGAGCUCGCAUUCAGCUGAUCCUUGAGUUGCUUGCAACAUGGCUGAGAACAAGGAAGAAGUUAAGUACUACCGGCUGGAAGAACUGAAGCGGCAUAGCAGCGGUAAUAGUGCCUGGAUCCAUAUUCACGACAAAAUCUAUGAUGUGACCAAGUUCUUGGAGGAGCAUCCUGGUGGUGAAGAAGUACUCAGAGAGCAAGCAGGAGGUGAUGCAUCAGAAGCUUUUGAUGAUGUUGGACAUUCUACUGAUGCACGAGAGAUGACAAAAAAAUACUUCAUUGGAGAACUUCAUCCUGAUGAUAGAGGAGUUUUUGUGAAGCCACCGGAGCCAAAUGUUGUCUUAGUGGAGUCUGAACAAAGUUGGUGGUCCAAUUGGAUAAUCCCAGCAGCAGCUGGCUUGACUGUGGCUCUCCUAUACCGCUAUUUUGCAAUGGAUCAUUGAACACUCUGUGGAAGAGAUGAUGGAACAAUUUCAUGUCAAUUUCAACCAAUUGCAAAUUAAUUAUAAUAGAAAAUAAAUAUGACAAUUAUGUUA